AUGGAAAGAGGGUGGCAGGAUUUCGAAGACAGCCUGGCUACAGGUAGCAAGGAUUAUGCUCCGGUGUCGUUUUACGGACCAGUGAUCUAUACACCGGAUCUCAGAGCCGGCGAUAACAACCAACUCAUUUUCACGAUCGGGCAAAAGGCCCCCACUGAACAAGAAGAUUCGGUUGAGACCAAACAAAUGCAGCUUCGUGAUCACUUAGCUGCACAUGACCCAACGUUCCAGGCCCAGCAAUUGCAUGGUUCGGUGGAAAAUGCCUAUGGUUGGAUUUCCCAAGAGCAAUCUUUCACACGCUGGAUCAGCAACGAUGGCCCAUCAACAUUGUGGAUAAACGGCCCUCCUGGGAUCGGAAAAUCAACCAUGCUUCGCGGAAUACUCAAAGAAUCUUCGCCCUCUAACCCCCCCGAGGCUGGUAGCGACUUCAAUUUUCGCGACUUUAAUCUGGCGUACUUCUUUUGUGAUGAAAACGAUUCCAGCCGCAGAACCACCGACGCCAUCCUGAGGGCAUUUUUGUUUCUUCUCAUGGACCUGGAUAUCCCACAGAGCCUGGAAAUUAAAGCAAUGCUCAUGGAUCUCAAACCUCCCCCUGAUCCGGCGUUCAUUACAGCUCUUUUCUGGGCCUGUCUGGAACCAAUCCGAAAUUCAACGAAGAAGGUACUUCUCAUCGUAGAUGCGGUUGACGAGUGUACUGAUUCAAACACGCAUCUGCUUGACUUGAUCUCCAAGACCAUGGCAAUGUCGGACUUUGCUCACCUUCGUUGGCUAAUUUCAAGCCGCGAGUCGAGUGAGAUCAAGCGUAGAAUCAACCCGGAGAAUCAUUUGUACGAGUUGAAAUUGCGAAUGAACAGAGACAAGCUUAGGCCUGCCCUGGCUCAGUACAUCGGGAACAGGGUCAGAUCGCUGAAUUUACCCCACGACGACCACCGAAAAGUCGUCUUGUGUCUGAGGAAACGUGCGCAAGGAAUGUUUUUGUGGGCGAGGCUGGACUGCGACAGAAUUGAGGCACUUCCUCAACGUCGGAUAUUGAAGGAGAUGAAUGACCGCAAUCUCGGUCUCGACAAUCUCUAUGAAAAAGCUGUCGCCAGGGCUAGGAACCAUAUCACAAAGAAGGUGGGGUAUUUCGCCACCACUGCCCAGACUAGAAGUCUUGAUCGCAUGUUGGACCUCGCAGCCAUCGCCUACCGCAACCUGAGCUUGAAUACAGUGAAAGCUAUCUGGGGCUGGGAAAGCGGAAACGAUGACUUAGCAUAUAUGGAGGAUUUGGUCAACAAUAGUGGUCUGUUGGUGAUGAAGGAUGAGAUGAUCACAUUCGUGCACUUGUCAGCCAAACAAUAUCUUCAAAUGAAACAUGGCGUGCAAGCCGCGAUGUUACAUCACUAUCUGGCAUUACGCUUGCUUGAAAUCACGAAGUCGAAACUCCGGCCAGACAUUUUGAAACUGGUUCGAAAAAAUGUAUUGGUUCUGGGCCAUGGUCCGGCAGACAUUAAAGAAUCCGCCGACACUGAACAAUGGGAACAAUUGCAGGACACUUUAGAAUAUGCUUGCAUUGAGUGGAUGCAUCAUCUUGAACGUGCAUAUUUUCUGAACAAUACUCUAAUGGAUGACCCGAAGACCGUGGAGGAGGUCUCUGGUUUCCUCACCGAGGCACUCUGCCCUUGGUUGGAGGCUGUCAGCCUCUUUGAAGGCUACUCAGCGAUCAUGAUCCGCAUUCGCUGCUUUGAAGAUCUCCUUGCGAACUUGAGGCUCCGACCUGGAGGUUCUCUUCAGCAAAAGGAAAAGCGAGAGGAUUUAUAUCGACUCGUUCGUGAAGCGCGGCAAUUUGUUUGCUUCAACUGGGCGUCUAUAUCGGAUGCCCCGUUACAAGCAACUUCCUCGGCGGCCACUUUCAUACCCAAAAAGAGCCACUUUUGGAAACGCUCACACUCCUUGCGAAACCCUCCGCCUCCUUUACGAGUCCGCAGAUUAUGGGGCGAAGCCGACGAUUGGGACGCGUGUGUGCUGUCGAUUGUAACGGAACCAAGGUAUAGUCCCGAAGAAGUGAGCUUCACGCGGAAAGGAGACAACAUCAUUUUGACAAAAAGGCAUGUGGUUGUAAUCGAAGUGAAACAAGUGGAUCAGAAAGGAGCACAAUUCCCUCCGCAUCACAGGAACUAUUACAUACAUAAGACCGCAAAAUCUGAACUGACGAUCCUAAAGAAGGAUGAAACAGGUCAGAUGAAAAAGGCGUACGAGUACCAGGAUGACCAUGUUGAAUCAGCUUGCAUCUCAGACAAUGGAAAACUUGUUUGUUCUCUCCGCAAGGACGGGAGUGCCAGAGUCGAGAAACUUGAUCAGCGAGAUGGCACCAAGAGGCUUGUCGAAAAGUUUCAUUCCGUCGAUGCUGUCGUGACAUGCGCCCUCUUCGCACCCCGCAAAAAUAUCUUGGUUAUGGGCACAGAAGGCCGCAAAGUUCUAGUCCAAAAGAUUACUAGAAGCAGGUCAAAGCAGCACCCUCCCGCUAUUGAACUUGUGGGCCAUUCCGGCAAGAUAUCCUGCUUGGCGAUGUCCUUGGAUGGUAAGCGUCUUGCAUCUGGCUCACACGACUGCACUGUCCGUCUAUGGGACAUGGAAAUGAACGAGCCGAUAUGUCUUGCUAUUUAUCAUGGACACUUCAGCAAGAUUCAAUCAAUCAGCUUCUCGCCGGACAAUCGACAUCUUGUCUCAGCCGGGCUCAAAGAUAUUAGAAUAUGGGAGAUGAAGGAUUGGAAAGCCCUUGGUUGUCCCCCGAUUCUUGACAAUUCGCUCGAAUCAGAGCCUAAGAAAAUGUUUUUCUCCCCUAAUGGAAAUGAAUUGGCCAUACUUUCAAAAUAUGGAGAUCUAAAAGUGUUCAACGCUGCAACCGGCGAGCAGACACUCGAGGAAAGAUGCUUGACGGAUCCGAGCCCGGCAUAUUCUCCGAAUGGAAGGUUUCUUAUAUUUCUCAUGGAGAACAAGUACGUGAUACGGGAUACCGCCAGAAACGGGGGCUGGUACGAGAACAUUGCUGAAUCCAAGCCCUCCACCUUCAUCUGGUCACCAAAAAGGAACCAUCUAGCGAUACUUCUGAACAACGGAGCUGUCGAUGUUCUUAACAUCGAGAAUUGGAAGGGCGUGAUCACACUCCGGUCAGAAGAACCGAAAGAAGCAAUAACGGAUGCUAUUUUUUCCCCUUGUGGUGGCCAUCUUGCUACUCAAUGUGAGCAAAAAGGUUGCAUCGUUUGGAUGUUAAAUUAUGAAGGAGACUGGGUCGAAACCCACCGGCUAAACUACGAAGAAGAAGAAGAAGAAGUGGCCAGCGAGGUGAGCUACAGACUAGUACAGUUCUCAGAGAACAUUCAUCAUCUAGUGGUGGUGCAAACGGAAUCUCGAAUUGAAGCAAUGCGCAUCUUCAGAUUAUAUCCGCAGAGAGAACAACUCAUUGGAAGUGAGUUUGAUGAUUAUCUUGGCAUGAUUGAGUGCGUGGCUAUUUCUUCCGAUGAUAAAUUUAUUGCCUACGCCGAUUCCACCAGAGUGCUUCAUAUAGACAAAAUCUCGGCUCAGAGUGCCACAGAACAGGAUGGCCUAGGAGCAAAUCCGGUACCCCAAGACCACAUAAGAAUGCCACCCGACCGUCACACAAUGGCAUCCGAUGAUGACACAUCAAUGGCAUCCGAUGAUGACACAUCAAUGGCAUGCGACGAUUAUUCAACAAUGACAUCCGACAAUAAAAUAGCAAUGAUAUCCGACGAUCACAUCACAAGCCUCAGAUUCAUUGGAAGCUCUUCCGACCACGCAUCAGUCUUGAAAGUGGGAGCAGCGAAACUUGAUCUGAGAAAAUUGCGUGCUCGCUACCAAACAAAUGGCCACCUUAAAGACAAUUCUAUUCAUCUUGAUCGGAUAGGAUUGUCCGAGAAUAGCUAUGACCACUGCAUUUAUUGCGAUUCCAGUCCGGUGGUUCAAAUUCCGCCAGCAAUCGCUUGCAGGCCACGAGCAUCCAUUAUCUUGAAGCGUGGGUUGAAGAUCGCUAUCCAAAAUGCUUAUGGAAAAGCUUCAGUGUAUGUGAUUCGCGGGUUACCGACAAAUAAACUUCCCAAACAGACCCACCGCUUUGAGCCUCAUUUCCCUGAAGACAAGGACGAUUACGAUGAUGAAAUGUCUUCUAGAUCUGAUGAAGAGUGUGAGGUUGAUGAUGAUAAAAGCCUCAAGACCUUUGACGAAGAUGACUUGAAUUCUUUUGACGAUGGCGAUUCCGAGUGUUUCGACGCUUCAGAGUCUUCUGAUUCAGAAGCUUGGGAGCCGGAACCUCGUAAGUUGAAACCGUCAGAUUCUCGUGAGCCGAAACUAACGAGUUCACACACUCUUGAGUUGAGCGAUCUCGACUUGACAAUGUGA